AUGGCGGGACGGCAGCUCGGCAAGGGCGGCAGAGGGCACGCGCGGCGGCACAGCGGGGCGGCGGCUCGAGGAGGUGGCGGAGGCCCCACGCCGCGGCACGGCGUGGCUGCGGCUCGGCUCGGCUCGGCGAGGUGGCGGAGGCCCCGCGUGGCGGCACAGUGGGGCGGCGGCUCGGCGAGGUGGCGGAGACCCCGCGCGGCGGCACGGUGGGGCGUCGGCUCGGCGUGGUCGCGGAGGCCCCACACGGCGGCACGGCAGGGCGGCGGCUCGGCGAGGUGGGUGGGUGGGGGAGAUGGCGUUGUCACGACGGUGUGCGCGGCGGCUCGGCGAGGUGGGCGAGGGCAGCGGAGGGCAGCGGAGGGCGCGCACAGCGGCUGGGCGAGGUGGCGGAGCGGCAGCACGGCGGGGUGGGUGGGGCGCACGCAGCGGCUCGGCCUGGUGGCGAGGGUGUGGCGCCUGUGCGUGUGCGUGUGUGGUGUGGGGGGUGACAAAGCAAACGGCUAA